UGAGACGUGUGGCACCGUGCCCAACGAAACGUUUGGGCUUCGAAUCUGCAUCAUCGGUCGGCUCUGUGUCGAUUCUGUCGAUCUUUUCAUCUUCCUUCGGAAGAAAAGGGAUGCGACUCUGCCACUGUGGAAGAUAACCCUAUUUCCGAAAAAAAAUCUUUUACCGUGGUGAACUGUUGCUUUGAAGCGCUUCGGGGUUUUGUCUGAAUCUUUGUUGUCAUCCUUUGUUUUUGGUGGAAACCCCAUGAUGGCGGUUGCACCGUUAGUGUUGGGCUAGGUUGUUCUCAAGUUGGGUUGCUGGGUCUACUAUGAUUUAGUGCUCAGUCAAGGCUUAGACGGUAUUGGAUUGAGAAGCUGCUAUCGUCUGCUGGUAGGAAUAUAUCAUCUGCAACAAAUAGUUUGGAUCGUAAUCUUAUGUGCAAUCCGUCUUCCAGCUGCUAGGAUCCGCUUGAUUUCUACUACAAUACAUGUUUUCAUGCCUCUGAAUCUCCUACAGUAUGAGGGCGCCUGUGAGGUUUUGAAUAGUACGAUAGUGUGGUUAGCAAGAGCAGCCUGCUUCCGUGUCUCCGUGAGGCAAAAUGGUAUCCGUUUCGGGUAUUUCACUCAAAUCAGGUCUCUUAUUGAUUUUGAUAGUGGGUACACUCACUGGCGUUGCCUUGGGGAGAGGAGUAGCCAGUGUAGGCAAAGCUGCAGAGCAAUUGCGAGAUGAUGGUGAUGAAAUUGGAGCACUUGAAGUCGAAGAACACGAAGUAGGUCCAAUUAAAAAAAGCGUAGACGGGGCACGCGAUCAUGAUCAUACUCAGCUUCCCAAUCACAUUAAGGUCAAACGAGGAGAUGAGGGGAAUUUAGUGGCGGAGAAUGCAUUGAACAUCAACUUAAAAGCAAGAGCGACUGGGACGGUCGUAAACAAUACAAAGGCAGCUUCCACCAGUAAUACUACAAUUGGUGUCCCUCCACCAAACAGAAAAUUGGUGCCACCACCAAUUCCAUCAAAAAAUAGCUCUGCUGAGUCUUCUCUUUCCACAAAUAUCACGAAUUCAUCGAUUGCUCAGGAAGCAAGUACAGGUGAUGAAACGAAGGCCCCACUGACACAUGGGGGAACCUGUAACGCAAAGGAUGGACCUUUGGUUGUUAACAUGGCGGCUUCGGGUGGGGAUGGUGAAGAUGGCGAUCAUGAUUACACCUUAACUGUUGAGAAUGGUGGUGGCAAACCACAGUUGGAUGUAAGCAUCAAGGCUUCAACUGGUUUGAAAGCAAAUCCAACGAAGUUGCAUCUGACCAAAGGAAAUCCACUCCCGGUGACUAUCUCAGUGGUAGAUAAGGAAGCCGCAAAACUUGGAGCAAGAAUCAACAUAAGCUGGGGUGAAGGAGAUUGUCACGUGGAAAUUCCUUCUGACAAUAUUGGAGACAAAACCGCUCAUCCGUCAUACUUGGCUAUCCUGAUUGCUCCAGGUCCCUUUGUUCUCGUCCUCGGAGGCGCCUUAAUGCUCAUUCUUAUAUUAGCAAUAGCGGUUGUAUGGGGAUGUAUUACAUGGCGUGCCCAGAUCCAACGGCACGAUGGCGCGGAGACGAAGUACCAGGAACUGGAGAUGACCUUACCAACAGCAGUCACGAAACAGGAAGAUGGAACUUCUCCAUCAGCCGAUGGCUGGGACGAAGUAUGGGAAGACGAUGACUGGCAAGACACAGAAGCCUUCCGGUCUUCUUCUACAUCCCUCACUCUCUCUUCCAAAGGACUGAACUCUCGACGAGCGAACAAGGACGGUUGGGAUAGUAGCUGGGACGACUGACUGCAGCAGUGUACCCACAUCAAAGCCAGAGAGAUGGAGAGCAGGAGAGCAUUUUUUUUUUUCUUUUUAGUGUAUUUUCCUGUGUGAGUCCUCUCGUCUGCAGGCAUCCGGCUACAAAUGGGAUCUCUUGUUAUCGAUUCCUCUCUUCUGCAAUCGGGUUGUAUUCUUUUUAAUAGUGUAAGCAUUUUGCGUUGAGAUGGAUGUCCAGCCUGCAGCCAAGUUCUACAAGGUUGCACUUGUUGAACAAAGUUCUAUAACCUCGCAUGCCAUGCAACUUCGUGGUGACGGGUAUCUUGGUAUCAUUUGUGUUGCUAUUUCUGCCACUGCUGCUGUAGUAGCUCUAACAUGAUUAUGUUUAUAAAUUAUGUUUAAAAGUAAUCAUCUACCUCAUUAGAGCUUUGAUAGCAUAUUCACUAACUUAUCUUUGAAUUCUUAAGAAAAGAUCUCUCUUAGCACUCAGUUUGUGUAACCAAUUUUAGCUCUCUUAUCCAAAGUUUGAUGGAGAUCUUGGGCUGUAGCGGUUGAUAAAGCAAAAGAUGAUUUCUUCAGCAUCUAGAGACAUAUCCUUCGAGGAUCGGUAUUCCGCUUCUGGUAUCAUAUGCACGGCCAAGUUGUAAGUAUUUCAACCUAGUUGGUUUGCCACUAAUUGCGAACAAUUUGAUUCUGUCUAUAUGCAAGAUUUUUUGUGCCUACAACAAAUAUUUCUGCUAGGGAUCUUUGACGCCUUAUGCAGGGCUUCUAGUUUCACGAUUCAAAGGACGAUUUUUGAAUCAUUCAAGCUACCGACCUUCAACCUGCAAGCUCAAAUUUCCGUGACGAGUGAGGUCAAAAGUUAAAGAAUACUGCAAAUUUCUGCUGGUAACUGAGCCAGAUGGAGAAGGAAUCACCAAGUCCGUGAAGAGAUUACACGCUCUCCGACAAAGCAGCAAGUCCAGGGAUUUAUUUCACGAUUGUAGGAUCCCAAAACCUUAACCCUAAACAAUCAAACCCUAAACUUGGUUCUGUCGUUGGAUGGAUGGGGAAGAGUAUCUCAGGUGUUGUUUAUGCUUAAAGCAAUCAUAAGUAAAUCUUUUUUUUAAAGUC